AACUGAAAUAAAAUCAGAAAAAUAAACGUCAGCCCCAUCAGUCACCGCCACCGCCAUUUUUUUCUAUUUACGACACAAAUCGACGUGGAUAACGCGACAAAAUGCACAUUAGCUACAAUAACAUAAAAUUAUUCCGUGUCAACGUACCGAAAUUCGUGUAACAACUAAACAUGGCGUGUCACACAAAGGCAAUCGCCAAUAAACUCAAAGACGAUGAGUCGACGAUAUUCAAGGCACCCCGUUUACUGGGUCCGAGUGUGGAAUCAAAAUUUGACGAAUUAAAAUACGAAGUGAUUAACAAGAUUGAUAAAGAACUAACUGACUCUCAGAACGCUAGAGACUACAUUUCCCAGAAGUACGAUGAGCUUUGCAACAAGAUACAAUAUUUGACGGAGUUGGAUGCUACUGUGACCGGUUUCCGAAGUGACGUCAAAGCUAUUGAGAAGCAGAUCACUGAGCUCUCGUUGAGAGUAGAUGAUAUCGAGAAGAGAACGAUUUGUAGAGAGUGUCCUUCGCUCACUUCGUCCAUGUAUUGACUAAUAAAUUGUCCUUUUAUAUAGC